UAAUAAUUAAAUCGGAGUUCCCUCAACCUGGGCCGCCCGGUUUUGACUGCAGCCGAACUCGAGAGCUCCAGCCUGGGGUUCCCGGACACCCCACGCGGGCGUGGCGUCCCCCACCGCGGGGGGCCGUUAUGAGAGUCCCGUCCCGUGGGCAGCCCCGCAGACCACCCCGAGGUCGCACUCGAGCACCAGCUCGGCGGUUCAAACUGGCGAGUGUGCACCCCAGGACCCCCCGAUCACCCGAGCCGCGGACAGCACCAGCCCUUCGCUGCCCGGCCUCCACGAUGUGAUCUUCGUGGUGGGAAGCUCAAUUUUAAACUUUCCCAAUGGAUGCAGACAGUGAUGUUGCUUUGGACAUUCUAAUUACAAAUGUAGUCUGUGUUUUUAGAACAAGAUGCCAUUUGAACUUAAGGAAGAUUGCUUUGGAGGGAGCAAAUGUAAUUUAUAAGCGUGAUGUUGGAAAAGUAUUAAUGAAGCUUAGAAAACCUAGAAUUACAGCUACAAUUUGGUCCUCAGGAAAAAUUAUUUGCACUGGAGCAACAAGUGAAGAAGAAGCUAAAUUUGGUGCCAGACGUUUAGCUCGCAGUCUGCAGAAGCUAGGUUUUCAGGUAAUUUUUACAGAUUUUAAGGUUGUAAAUGUCCUGGCAGUUUGUAACAUGCCCUUUGAAAUUCGUUUGCCAGAAUUCACAAAGAACAAUAGACCUCAUGCCAGUUACGAACCUGAACUUCAUCCUGCUGUGUGCUACAGGAUAAAGUCUCUAAGAGCUACAUUACAGAUUUUUUCAACAGGAAGUAUCACAGUAACAGGGCCCAAUGUGAAGGCUGUGGCUACUGCUGUGGAACAGAUUUACCCAUUUGUGUUUGAAAGCAGGAAAGAAAUUUUAUAACUCAUCACUUAAUUGGUUAGAAUCUCUAACUGAGCACCUUUAAAGCCUGCUGCACAUUGGACUCAAAACAAAAGGAAAACUGGACCAACAGUAAUUGAGGAAAGAGACUCUUUUUAUUCACUCGUGGCUACAGUGUAAGCUCCAGUCCCUUUGGAUUUUAUUUCAAACUUUGCUGUAAUAUAAAAAGGAAGUUUACAAGACAUGACAUUGCUGCUUUUAAAAAAGGACAUUCUAUUUAUUUUCGCAGUAAUUCUCAUGUCCCAUAAGCAGAGCUGUCACAAUGUGCACUACCUUAAAUUGUUUUAUUGUUGUCAUUGUUAUUUUUUUUCCAGUUUGAGCUAAUGUGUUUUAUUUGUGAAUAGUCUUUUACAUUUUUGUAUGCUGAAUAUGGGCACCAAAGAACCUGUAAAAGUUAUCUUUUUCAAUUGAAUGUGCACAAAUAAAAGUUUGGAAAAGAUCUCUCUUCAUA